CCAUCCAACUCCUUCACAGUGGGCUAUUUCGGCUGAGAUCCCUUUUUAGAAUCCAGGACUCCUCGGGGUCCAGGUGGCCAGAUGGGGUCCGUACUGGCAUAGCAAGAGGGGCUUCAAGACUAGAGUUCAGGCACCAAGACAGUGAGAGAAGCUCUGGUCCCUCACUGUGGCUGACUCCAAGCUCUCCUCCACUGGCCCUCAUUUUCUGGACGUCGUCGAAAGCUCUCCACCCCUCCCUGCCCUCCCGCUCUCCAAGCAAUGACCUCAUUGCAAAAGACAGCCAGAGCGGAUGGUUCCCCUCCCUAGAGAACCAGUGCAGGGAGAGCGAGCAAUGACGCCACUGGAGCUGGGUCGGUCCUGGCCACUUUGGAUUGGCCGCGCGGACUCGUGGGGACCCCCCUCCCACUGUCGCUGGAAUAAGAGCCGAGAGCUCCGCGGGGAAGACGCCCGCAGCAGGCGUUGUGUCCAACGGGGUGGACCGGCCGCUCGCGCUCUCCAGAAACUCGUCUCCAGAACUCCACCACACCCUGAGACACUUGUUUCUGCUCUACAAAGCCAUUCAUUGCACUGUAUCUUUUGAGAUUCACAGCAGCCCAUCUGGCAAAUGAAUGGAGAGAGGCAUCAUGGGCUUCGGGAAGUCCUCCCCCUUUCUGGCUUUCAGCAUCUUGGUCCUGUGCCAGGCAGGCAGCCUCCAGGCGGCACCAUUCAGGUCUGCUUUGGAGAGCCUCCCAGACCCCACCACACUCAGUGAGAAGGAAGGGCGCCUCCUGCUGGCUGCCCUGGUGAAGGCCUAUGUGCAGGGGAAGACAAAUGAACUGGAGCAGGAGCAGGAGCAGGAGGAGACAGAGGGCUCCAGCGUCACUGCCCAGAAGAGAUCCUGCAACACUGCCACCUGUGUGACCCAUCGGCUGGCAGGCUUGCUGAGCAGAUCUGGAGGUGUUGUGAAGAACAACUUUGUGCCCACCAACGUGGGCUCCGAAGCCUUUGGCCGUCGCCGCAGGGACCUUCAUGCCUGAGCAGCUCAGUGACUCCAGGAAGAAGGUCACCAUGAAGCUGAACUCACCACUUCUGUUAAUUUCUGUUGACAACACUUGGUGGGAAGGCCCCAUGGAAGAUAUACAUGUUUGCAUCCCAAUAGAUACUGAAAAAAGCACCUUUGUCACUUACAAGGAAUGAAAGUGAAUGCAAAAUAAGCUAAUUCCAUAUGUAUCGUGUAUCCUUUUUAUAUUUGACUCUGUGUGUGUCAGUGUGGUGGUGGCAUCUAUCGUUGGCUUAUCUGGUAGCAAACUGGUUCUUUGAGAGCUAUCCUGUUGAUCACAGCAGCUCUGCAAACCUUAGGGGGACAAUAAGUCAUUGCCUUUGUGGCCUCUGGGGACAUGUGGUAAUGGUGAUGCUUUGCCUUGUUGUCUAAGAACAUGACUGUAGACUUUAUUUAAGGAAAUCUCAAUGUUGUAUCAUUUGUGAACUUCAUCAAGAUUAAAAACAUAUUUUGGAUACAUG